AUGAGAGACGCGCCCAGCCUGAGGAGGACAGAAGACAAGACACAGUUCUGUCCUCACAAGCAAUCUACAGAAAGCUGGAAACUCAGCUUCCUUCUGAUGCAGCCCGGAGCUGCCCUGAAUUCUGACUCCUCCGGGCUCAGCUCGGACCCCCUGCCAUACAUCAGGAGGCCCUGCGGUGCCAUCUGUAACAUCCCCCGCCCCUCCCCACCUCUGUGA